AUGUCCAGUCCACGUCCGUUAAAAAGGCAGCGCAUCUAUCGCGCCUGUGAUCAAUGUCGACGUCGAAAGUCUAAAUGUGACGGAGAACAACCCAUAUGCAAGAUCUGCCACGCUGCAAAUCGGACUUGCACCUACCAGAAUGGUGGCGGACGGCGGGGACUGCCAUCGGGAUAUGUACGAAGCCUCGAAAUAACGCUGGGUCUCAUUCUUCAGCAUGUUCCCACCAGCGAGGGUGCAGUUCACAAUGUCUUGCGCGACUUACGAGGCAAGGGCAACUUCCUGAAAAGUGGACGAGCGAAUCAUUCUGUGGCCCUCUGGCGAAAAUCAAAAUUGUCUCGAGAGGUGAAUCAAUUGUUGACCCUAGAUUCUGAAGAUGUUGGCAAUGAUGGCUCCGACUGGGAGCCGGUGGAGACACAGGAUCAAGAUGAGAACAUGGACGAUCUAGGUCCUGCUCCAAUAGAUCCAGGGCCUAACGAGGCCGUGAUCAUCCCGAGUCUCCCAAGGCCUAUUGAUACAUCCCCGAACCCCGUUGAUUGGCUGAUUCCCGACAAUACUCCGGACCUGCUCGACUUCUACUUCACCUACACGCAAUGUUGGUUCCCAAUUCUUGAACGUCGAGACCUCCUGCGCGCCAUGCAUGUCAAUCAAGACCGGCCAACACCUGGUCAUACAUCCUGCCGCAUGGUACUAUGGACGGUGAUCUCUUACAUCUCUACCUUGAAAUGUACUGAUGAUGCGGAAUCCCCGUCUCCUUCGACCAUCCAGCUCUUCAUUCAACAGCAACUACUGAUGGACCCGGGGAAGCUAGAUCUGGGACACGUCCACGCCAUAUUGAUCUUCGUGCUGACACAGAUCUCACUGGGCCACAUCUAUCACGCCUGGACUUUGGUCGGACAGGCUACAAGAAUGUUGGCAAGCGUGCCACUGACCGCAAGGAAAUCGCGGUUUCGCCACACGUUCCACGGCUGCGUCUUUUUAGACAAUAUUUUAUCCGCUUCCCUGGGGCGGACGCCCUGCCUAUCCUCCGAUGAGCAGUUGGAAGAGGGCCCGGUAGAGGAAGAUGAUGUCGAUGAAUGGGAUGUGUGGCCCGCGUCUCGUUCUAAGACCGUCAAUGGCGGGCGGAUGUCAGCCGCUCCUCUGCGUGCUCUGAGCUCGUUCAAUGCUAUUCGACAGUUCAUGCAAUAUCUAUCGCGAAUACUCUACCAGCCGACAGCAUACAUCCAAUUCAAAGAUUUACUCGACGAACUACGGGAAAAGCAAGGAGCUAUCCUGUAUAAUCACCCAUAUAAUAACGAAGACGUUCCCAACCCGCCUCUUCUGAUGCUACACCUCACAUCGACCUUCACUACUCUGUCACUGGUUUGUAGGGUUGGGCCGGUUUUGCCUGCAACUACAGACCUCUGUAUCGGAACUAUUCAUCGCCUUCUUGAAUUACUGGAGCAUUAUCUAGAGAUAGCUGGAGAGACCGGCAUCUCUCCACUAGUUCAUUGCUUUGUACUGCGAUGUCAACAAUGUCUCAAUAUCACCACUUCAACCUUGAGCUUGCCGGAAAGAAAGCACCUAGAAAGUCGGAUUUACAAAUUUGUUCAACUUACAAAAUCCACGGAGUGCCUCCAAAUGAAGAAUCAGCAGGAUCGGCUGUCCACUGUCCCUUCAUUGAAUCCAGAUGGGCCCUCUGUGCCCUUGGCUGUUCCCAAAAGCACAAUCUGCAUGGCCAGCAUUGAAGAAUCUUCCCUCGUGGAUUUGCCAAGCAUUCACGGCCCCGGCGCAUAUACCACGUUGGCACCCCUACCCAGUCCGGAGGGAUAUGAUGCUCUCUUUGAGGAAAUGGUGACGUCCUUUCCGUCAAACAGGCUGGAACCUGCUUUUGCGCAUAACCUGGGUUUUUACGACGGAGAUUUGGACACGGACUUCUUGGCUCAACUCCAGCAACCUCCGGCAUGA